UGAUAUGGAACCAAGAUUAUGGUCUCCAAAUGUCUGUAUUGUAAAUAGUAAAAAAACAAAAGUUCACGAUUCUCCGAAACCAAAUAUUUUAUUAAUGAUUUUUCCUAAUGGAACAACGUGGUUAAACUAUCGUAUUAGAUCAGAAUCCCCAUGCAUUAUGGAAUUAAGAAAAUUUCCUUUGGAUUCAAUUCGUUGUGAUUUAAUUUUUGAAAGGUUUGGGGAAAUAUUUAAUUUUCUAUUUAAAUUUUGGGGGUCUUUCAGUUAUUCCUACAAUAUAGCAGAAGUAACGUUGGAUUGGCUUGAAUGGUUACCUGUUUCGAUUAUUAAAGAUGAUUUAAACUUGCCAGACUUUAAAUUAACAAAUAUUACUUAUGGAAAAACAACUGAGAUGUAUUUACCAACUUAUGUUUCUGUUUUUAUAAGUUGGAUAGCUUUUUGGAUGGAUACAAGAGCACUUCCUGCAAGAAUAACACUUUCUGUUAGUUCAUUAAUGGCCUUAACAUUUCAAUUUGGCACAAUUGUUAGAACUUUACCCAAAGCAAGUUAUGUAAAAGCAAUUGACCUUUGGGCUGCAUUGGUUGAAUUAGCUAUUGUUGCAUAUAAUGACAAAAUUGUAGACCAGAAUCAAAGAAGAAGAAAAGCUUCUGCUGUAGGUAAUUUACUUGCUAGAGCAAGUAUAACAACUGCUGGAUUACCUGAUAUGAAACAAAGAAAAUCCUCUAGGUUUCUUUUCAAGAAAAUAAUUUAA